GAUGGCUCCCGCGCUCCCGGCCCGCCCGGCCGCACGCCGCUGAACCGGCCGCCCCCCGGGGGCGGGGGGGGGGAAGCCCGCUCGUCUCCUCGCAUGUCCGCGGCGCCCGGGAAGUCGGAUGUGUGUACGGCCUUCCUCCCCCUCCUCCUCUCCUCCAUGGCCGUCGUGCUCCGGCUUCUCGGCCUCUCCGGGAGCGCUCCGAGCCCGGCGGGCAGCAGCGGCAGCUCCGCACGUCGCGAUCGCCGUAGCGAGGCUCGGCGCGGCUGAGCUCCCCGUGACCGCGCCCCAACCCGGCCAUGUACCCCCAGGGCCGGCACCCGGCUCCGCACCAGCCGGGCCAACCGGGCUUCAAAUUCACCGUGGCCGAGUCCUGCGACCGGAUCAAGGACGAGUUCCAGUUCCUGCAGGCCCAGUACCACAGCCUCAAAGUGGAGUAUGACAAGCUGGCGAACGAGAAGACCGAAAUGCAGCGCCAUUACGUUAUGUACUACGAAAUGUCGUACGGUUUGAAUAUUGAAAUGCACAAACAGACAGAAAUUGCUAAAAGACUCAACACCAUUUUAGCCCAGAUCAUGCCUUUUCUGUCACAAGAGCACCAACAGCAGGUGGCCCAGGCUGUUGAGCGUGCCAAGCAGGUGACAAUGACGGAGUUGAAUGCUAUCAUCGGGGUACGUGGACUUCCCAAUCUGCCUCUCACCGUGUGUAUUCCCCUUUUAUUCCUAUCAUUUACCAUGUCCAGAGGCAACCCUGCGCUCAGGGGGGCAGGCAGGGCGGCUCCCAGUCCCCAGCCAUCCCAAAAUCCUGAAAUGGCUUCAAGCUCACGGCUCCUGGCUGUCCAAAACCUAAAACUGCCCCAAAAUCCUGAAAUGGCUUCAAGCUCACAGCUCCUGGCUGUCCAAAACCUAAAACUGCCCCAAAAUCCUGAAACGGCCUCAACUUUAUUUUCCUGUCUCUGUUCUGGCUGUGCCCUCCCCGCUGCCCUGGCAUCUCCUGAAGAGCGAGACUCAAGUGCAAAUAAUUCCGUGUCCCCCUCGGAGAGCCUGCGGGCCAGCGAGAAGCACCGGAGCUCCACGGAUUACAGCAUGGACUCCAAGAAGAGGAAAGCAGAGGAGAAGGACAGCAUGAGCCGAUAUGACAGCGAUGGUGACAAGAGCGACGACCUGGUGGUGGACGUCUCCAACGAGGACCCCGCCACCCCCCGGGUGAGCCCGGCCCAUUCCCCGCCGGAGAACGGGCUGGACAAAGCCCGCGGGCUGAAGAAAGGCGAUGCUCCCAACAGCCCGGCCUCGGUGGCCUCCUCCAGCAGCACUCCCUCCUCCAAGACCAAGGACCUGGGCCACAACGACAAAUCCUCCACGCCCGGCCUCAAGUCCAACACUCCGACGCCCAGGAACGACGCUCCCACCCCGGGCACCAGCAGCACCCCGGGGCUGCGGCCCAUGCCUGGCAAACCCAGCGGCAUGGACCCCCUGGGUGGGUACCCGUGGUGUCACUGCUGUCCCCAGCACGGCUCCAGCUCGUCCCUGUGCGCCUACGCGGGGCUGCACAACCUCCCCCCGCAGAUGAGCGCGGCCGCCGCCGCCGCCGCCGCCUACGGCCGGGCGCCAAUGGUCGGCUUUGACCCUCACCCGCCCAUGCGCGCCCCGGGCCUGCCCUCCAGCCUGGCGUCCAUCCCUGGAGGCAAACCGGCCUACUCGUUCCACGUGAGCGCCGACGGGCAGAUGCAGCCGGUGCCGUUCCCGCACGACGCGCUGGCGGGGCCGGGCAUCCCGCGGCACGCGCGGCAGAUCAACACGCUGAGCCACGGCGAGGUGGUGUGCGCCGUCACCAUCAGCAACCCCACGCGCCACGUCUACACCGGCGGCAAGGGCUGCGUCAAGAUCUGGGACAUCAGCCAGCCCGGCAGCAAGAGCCCCAUCUCCCAGCUGGACUGCCUGAACAGGGAUAACUACAUCCGCUCCUGCAAGCUGCUGCCGGACGGGCGCACGCUGAUCGUGGGGGGCGAGGCCAGCACGCUGACCAUCUGGGACCUGGCGUCGCCCACGCCGCGCAUCAAGGCCGAGCUGACGUCCUCGGCGCCCGCCUGCUACGCGCUGGCCAUCAGCCCCGACGCCAAGGUGUGCUUCUCGUGCUGCAGCGACGGCAACAUCGCCGUCUGGGACCUGCACAACCAGACCCUGGUCAGGCAAUUCCAAGGGCACACGGACGGGGCCAGCUGCAUCGACAUCUCGCACGACGGGACGAAGCUGUGGACGGGGGGCCUGGACAACACCGUGCGCUCCUGGGACCUGCGCGAGGGCCGGCAGCUGCAGCAGCACGACUUCACCUCCCAGAUCUUCUCCCUGGGGUACUGCCCGACGGGCGAGUGGCUGGCGGUGGGCAUGGAGAGCAGCAACGUGGAGGUGCUGCACCACACCAAGCCCGACAAGUACCAGCUGCACCUGCACGAGAGCUGCGUCCUCUCCCUCAAAUUCGCCUACUGCGGGAAGUGGUUUGUGAGCACUGGGAAGGACAACCUGCUCAACGCCUGGAGGACGCCCUACGGAGCCAGCAUCUUCCAGUCCAAGGAAUCCUCGUCGGUGCUGAGCUGUGACAUCUCUGCGGAUGACAAGUACAUCGUCACGGGCUCUGGGGACAAGAAGGCCACGGUCUACGAGGUCAUCUACUGAGCCUGGCACUUCCAGCAGCAUGGGGAACACCCGGGAAUGCCCAGGAACACCCCGGGAACACCCGGGAAUGCCCAGGAACACCCCAGGAACACCCGGGAAUGCCCAGGAACACCCGGGAACGCCCGGCCCAGCUCCGCCCGCCACACUCGGAUUUAUUUGGAGAUCUGCAACUCUGGCACACAUGGAAGCCCUAAACGGAUUUUUAUUUGGUUUUAAGCUUUUGGGGUUCCUUUUGAAUUUUUUUUUUUUUGGUUUUCCGGUUCUUUCCGUCUGGCUUUGGUGGCACUAUAAAGGACUCCUUUUUUUAUUGGGAUUUUUUUUUUUUUUUU